CUUUUUGGGUUCCCGUACACUUCUGCAUGUGUUCUCAUUUUACUCAUUUGCAGGUUCCAGUACAAAUUAGUGCUGACUAUUUGUUACUAUACACACCUCAUAAUAGGGGCUGAAAUCAUCGAUACUAUCGAUAGCCCUAGCGAUAGUUUUUCAUCACUACAACUGACCAAAUCAGCUGUUCACAAAAUUAAGUUAGGAAUUCGGAGCACUAUUUUCGCAGCCGUACACAAAUUUGUAAACUUUGGAGUCAUGUAUUAUAUUAAAGCGGUGAUAACAGCAUUGCAAAUCAAAUGAAAUAUUCGGCAGUAUGAUAUUAAAAAUAAACCAGAGGAGUUAUAAUGUUACGGACUUGGCUGCGCGCAUCGCCUUGGUGCUAUUGCUGAUAUAUUGGAUUAUGCCAUGGCGCUUUGCUUCACAUUACGAGUUUUUACACCAAAAUCAAAUAAGUGAGGAGCUUGUCGAGCAAGUUACCAGUAAUAUCUCCAUGCAACGCAUGCCUUCAUGUGAUUACAGUGAUAUUAUAGCAGAUAAUGCAAACACAUAUCGGCCGCAGUAUCGCGAACAUGUACUGCGUGGAGAAGAAAUAAUACCCGGUGGUGAAUAUUUUCCGGAGGAGUGCAGCGCACGAUUUAGUACCGCAAUCAUUGUGCCUUACCGCAAGCGGGAGGAGCAACUUCAUGCUUUUCUUAUCUACAUGCACAAUUAUCUGCGGCAGCAACGCAUUCAUUAUCGAAUUUUCCUAAUUGAACAAUAUGAUCAGAAACCAUUUAACCGCGCGAAGCUAUUCAAUAUAGGCUCAGUAAUUGCUGCUGAACUGGAAUUUCCUUGUUUAAUAUUACACGAUGUCGAUCUGCUCCCGAUGAACCUAGGUCAACUAUACGCUUGUACACUGAAUCCGCGACAUAUGUGCUCCGCUUUGGAUAUUUUCCGUUUUACAUUGCCAUAUCGUGGACUAUUUGGAGGUGUUGUGGCUAUACGAACGCAGCAAUAUAGAUUUAUUAACGGAAUGUCAAACUUGUUCGAGGGCUGGGGAGGUGAGGACGAUGAUUUCUUCAACAGAUUGUACUCCCAUAAAAUUGAUAUUUGUCGCUUUGAGCCGGGAUAUAGUAAAUACACGAUGAUGCGACACAAGCCAGAGAAAAAGAACGAAGAUCGGCUGAAGUUGUUAAGAAAUGGUUACAAGCGCUUCCUGACUGAUGGCCUAAAUUCGUUGGAGUACAAAGAAAAGGAACGUCGACUUCAUAGCUUAUUCACACACAUUCUCGUCGAAACGUGAGUUAAAUAAUGUCUUACAAAAAUAUGCCAAGGAAAGAAAUUUUUAAUCGUCCGUUUAAAAGAUAAGUGGAUUGAAAACCCACUCGAAUAAGGCUUGUAGUUGUAGUUAUCAAGACUACAACGAAAAGAUAUAAAUACAUAUACAUACACAAGUUUAAGUACUCGUAUACCUGUGAGCAUCACCAUGUAAUUGGUCUAAGGUUACUAAUCUAAAACAAUUCGCCCACUUUCCUCAAUAGCGUAUCAGCUCGAAAUUCACCGUUUGGCAGGAGUUCCAAAAAACUAUUUAUCAUGAUCACAUGUGCUCUUACAACAAAUCAAAAACAAAAACUACUUCAGGUUUUGCUGGCAGAAAUGUAUGAUUGUACUCUGAGGUAAAUGUAUAAUCGGAGAACAAUUUUAUCGCAUAAAAUCGAAAAUGACGAAUUUUUAAUUAAUUCACUUUUGAUGCAUGUGUGCGGAUUGCUUUAUCUGGUACUUCACAUCACGUUGUUCUUAACCAAAUUUGAUGUACGUACAUAUAUAUGUACGUAGUUUUUCGCAGUUGUCAAGAAUGAAACGAUAAUAGUGCUUGUUGUUGCAUUAGCAAAAACUGAGCAUUUGAUAAUAAAGAUAAAUUGGUAAUUUUAAAGAUUUGGUUGUGAAUUACAAAACCUUGCAACGAGAUUAUACCUAUCGCUACGAAUCUCAUUUCAUACUUUAGAAGUACGUUUGGGAUUCAAAUUUAAAACUUUCACACCCUUAUUGCGAGUGUCGACUAGUAGUAGAUAAACGACUCUUUUUCGAUUAUCGCUUGUCCAUGGCAUUCUGAAUGUCGAUUUCUCGUUCAAUAAGCGACUGUGAAGAGUUUUUUAUCGCUAAUUUUUCUACAACUGUUUGUCUGUAGAAGGAUGAGCGACUAUAAACUAUUAACACGCACUUAUUGAACGAGAAAACGACUUUGAAAAUACCACGGAUAAUCGAUAAUCGACUAACAGUCGACAGUCGCAAUAGGGGUGUCAGUUACUUUUCUUAUUAUUGAAAGUAGGAGCUAGGGCUAGUGCAUUAAGUUUUGAGUGCACUAAACAUUUCACUAGCACUGAAUAUAAUAAAAAAAAAAAAAAUUUUUCACUAUUUACCAUCAGCUUAGCGAUAGGGAAAAAAUUGCGCUAUAGACAAAUAGCGGAAAAUUUAAAAAGAACUACAUUAUAAGCUGAAAGCCGCUGAAAGUAAAAAAUGUUCACUAAACUUUCAAAAAUUAAUUUGUUUGUAACAUCAUCACUAGAGCUUGUUGUUGUUGUUGUUGACCCUUUUUGUAAUGACAUAAUGUGAAUUUCACCAUGAGCUUCACAGAUUUGGCUAAUUAUUUUUUGUGGUAUUGGCAUGUAUAAAAAAAUCUACGUACAAGGUUGGGCUCGAGUUGAGUUACAUAUUACAAAAAAAAAAUCGGUCUAAACAUUAGUCUUGAAGAAAAAAUGGUACUCUGGGCACAAUAACGUUUUUUUACUAUUAUAAUAUUAGUUUUAGUAGAAACUUUUUAAUUCCGGUAUCACAUUAAGCAAUAAUGAGGCUGAUUAUUUUGCAAUUCACCACUUACAUCAACAGUAGAAAUUAAAAAUGUUGUAUUCGAAAAAUACGUGUACUACUCCCAAAUCUGCUAAAAAUGCAAAGUAGUUAAGAUUAUAUUUUUAAUGUAUGUAUUGAAAUGUAAAAUUUUACCUACAAGGAUCAAGAAAGACAUACUAACAUAUCGACGAUGUUUUUGCAAAACCGCUCAUAGACCAAUUGCAAAACCGCUGAUCCUACGGCACUCAAAUUUUACUGGAGUGCGAAAAACGGUUUUUUAAGGCAUUGCCUUGAUAGACCGUAUUUUCUCUAGCUAUUAUUUUACAAAUCUGUUGUUUUAAUAAAGGUGAAUAAAUCUCGAUGCCUGGAGUUCAGUGUUGCCAAAUCUAAUUUUUGCCACAACGGCGAUUUAGGCUGUUUUGCGCCUGGUCGAUGGGCUUUUAAAUUAUUGGCACACAUAAAAAAAGUUCUAAGUUUUUUCUAGUCUAUAUCUAAUACGCACACGCGUAUGUUUCACGUAAACGCACACGCACGCAAAUAAACAAAUCGCGGCUACAAAAUGCUAAACAAUAAUGUAUGUAUGUAGAAGUACAUGCAACAUACUGUGUAUAUAUGUAUAUGAAUCCUAAUGUAACUAUGCCAAGUGCUUUAAGUUGUUU